UUCAGUAAACAAACAUGGCUGGAGUAACAAAUUCAGGGAAGAGACUCGUCCGCUCCAAAUCUGGACUGAGAAUAAUACCCUUAAAGGACACAGACAGGAGUCCGUUUGAGUUGAGAGAACCAGAAUGGAUCCCCGACAAAAUGAGCCCGACUUGUAUGGACUGCAAGGAAAAGUUUGACUUUUUAAAACGAAGGCAUCACUGUCGGAGGUGUGGGCGGGUCUGCUGUGCUACCUGUUGCGAGACCCGACGCCUCCCUAGGAUGUGCUUCCUGGAUCCAGUGCGGAUGUGUUCUCCCUGUGCAGAGACCACUUCAAAAGAGAACCAGUUCUAUAACAAGGAUCUGAAGACACUUAUUACGGGAGCCAUCUUAAGUCAGAGUGCACAGGAUCAAUUUGACCUAGAAUCAUGCUUGCUGGCAGUGCCGAUUAUUCCAGGAUUCAGCAGGCAACUUCAAGGUAACAGGGGUUACAGUUCAGUAUACAACUGGCUGGAAGAAGACGAAGACGAGGUUUCCAUUGCAGCUCCUCCUGAUGCUUCGCCCUCUGCAUAUGAUUUCCUAACAGCACUAGAAAAGGCUGUCUUCAUGAUGCAGGAGGCCCGUGCUGUAAUUGGCAUAGCAGAGUGAG